CGCUCCGCUCAGUGCUCAAAUUGAACUCGAACCGUGCGGUACAAGAAGUCGUGCGCUUCGGGCAGUAGAACAACACACAUACAUAUAAAUAAAUAAAUAUAUUAUAUAUAUAUAUAUAUACAUAUACACAUACACAAAUUGAAACACAGCCGCACGCACACAUUAUUAGUCAAGGGCCAAACAAAGUGACAGUUAAUACAAGGGGCACAGUGACAAGUUGAAUGAGCAAAGGAUAAUUGUCAUAGAUUUGCAGAGCCAACCAAGUGGAACAAAAGAUACAACAGACGCAAAAUGCCAACGGAAAAAUCAAUAUUCAGUCCGAAUCCGGCGAUUAGCCGUAAUGCCUACAUAUCCAGUUUUGACGAGUACACGAAAUUCUACAAGGAGUCCUUGGACAAUCCAGCUGAGUUCUGGUCUCGCGUAGCGAAACAAUUUCACUGGGAGACGCCAGCGGAUCCCUCGAAAUUCAUGCAAUACAACUUCAAUAUCUCCAAAGGACCCAUCUCCAUAAAAUGGAUGGAGGGCGCCUCGACCAACAUUUGCUACAAUCUGCUCGAUCGAAAUGUGCGCAACGGACUGGGCGAUCAAAUAGCCUACUACUGGGAGGGCAAUCACCCGGAUGAUUAUUCGCGUGGGCUCACCUAUCGCAAGCUGCUGGAGGAGGUCUGCCGCUUCGCCAAUGUGCUGAAGGAUCAUGGCAUUAAGAAGGGUGAUCGGGUCUCCAUCUAUAUGCCCAUGAUUCUGGAGCUGCCCAUUGCAAUGCUGGCAUGUGCCCGCAUUGGUGCCGUGCACUCGAUUGUCUUUGCCGGAUUCUCGGCGGAUUCUUUGGCGGAACGCAUGUUCGACUGCAAGGCCAAGCUGCUGAUCACAGCGGAUGGCGCUUGGCGUGGCGAAAAGCCGCUCUACCUGAAGGCUUUGUGCGACACGGCGUUGGAAAAGGUCGACGAGAUGGGCCAUUCCGUGGAGAAAUGCAUUGUGGUGUCGCACCUGAAGCGCGUGACGCCCUGCCAGGAUAAUCAUGUGGACCAGGACAUACCGUGGACUGACGAUCGCGACUACUGGUGGCACGAGGAGAUGGAGGAUAAGGAGCCCGCUUGCUAUCCAGAGUGGAUGGAUGCCGAGGAUCCCCUAUUUAUGCUCUACACGAGCGGCUCCACGGGCAAGCCCAAGGGCGUGCUCCAUACCACGGCUGGCUAUCUGCUCUACGCAGCCACCACGUUCAAGAUCGUCUUUGACUACAAGCCCGGUGACAUCUACUGGUGCACUGCCGACGUCGGCUGGAUCACUGGACACACCUAUGUGGUUUACGGACCCCUGGCUAACGGCGCCACCUCCAUUAUCUUCGAGGGCACGCCCUUCUUCCCGGGCAACGAUCGCUAUUGGAGCGUCAUUGACAAGUAUAAGGUCACGCAGUUCUAUACCGCACCCACGGCCAUACGCGCGCUCAUGAAGUUCGGCGAAGCUCCAGUGCUCAAGCAUAAUCUGAGCGGACUCAAGGUCUUGGGCAGCGUUGGUGAGCCCAUCAAUCCAGAGGCUUGGCUUUGGUACUAUCGCUACAUUGGCAAGGAGCAGUGCUCCAUUGUGGACACAUUUUGGCAGACGGAAACUGGAGGCCAUGUUAUAACCCCUCUACCUGGAGCCACGCCCAUGAAACCAGGUUCUGCUUCUUUUCCAUUCUUUGGCGUCAAGCCCACUUUGCUGGAUGAGUGCGGCAUUGAGAUUAAGGGCGAGGGCGAGGGUUACCUGGUAUUCUCGCAGCCCUGGCCAGGCAUGAUGCGCACGCUGUACAACAAUCAUGAACGCUUCGAGGACACCUACUUCUCCAAGUUUCCAGGCUACUAUUGCACCGGAGAUGGCGCUCGUCGCGAUGCUGAUGGCUAUUUGUGGAUCACUGGUCGCGUGGAUGACAUGCUGAAUGUCUCUGGUCACCUUAUGUCCACUGCUGAGGUGGAGUCUGUGCUUACGGAGCAUCCACGAGUUGCCGAGUCGGCUGUGGUAUCUCGUCCGCAUCCAGUCAAGGGCGAAUGCCUCUACUGCUUUAUCACGCCCAAUGAGAACGAGGCUUUCGACCAAAAACUGAUCGCUGAUCUGAAGAAGAUGGUUCGCGAUCGGAUCGGACCUUUCGCCAUGCCAGAUGUUAUACAGAAUGCGCCCGGCUUGCCCAAGACACGUUCCGGCAAGAUUAUGCGUCGUGUGCUGCGCAAGAUCGCCGUAAACGAUCGCAACGUGGGCGACACGUCCACGCUGGCCGACGAGCAAAUCGUGGAGCAGCUGUUCGCUAAUCGACCCGUGGAGGCCAAGUAGACAGACCCAUUGAUGCAGUUACUCUUCGCUUAUCGAAUGACCUUGCUGCUCUGUAAACCUUUACCUAGCUAUAGGCUAACAGUUGAUCAGCUUAUAACCACAUGAAUCUUGUAAAUCUCCUCCUCCAUAUUAUCUAUGUUUAACGUUUAACUGUUGGCCCCCGCCCGCCCCCGCAAGCCGGGCUUACAGAUUCCACUUAGUUCGUAAGCUGCGUGCGUAAGUAAUGAUUCAUCAAGCACUUGGAUACCAAUACGAAAUGCACCCGUUACUUUCUAUAUAUAUAUUUAUACAUAUAUAUAUUCAGAUUCUUGAUUCUUAUCGUAUGUGUCCUUAUAUACCGUAGUUAAUGUUACACUGAGCACGCACAUUUUUCCAGUUCUUUUGUUUCUUU